AUGACUGCUGAUCUACGAACGUUUCCUUCGUGGGCUCGGAAGAUCGUACAGAAUAAAGAGAUAAUAGCCGUCAACCAAGACCUUCUAGGGAAGCAGGGUUACGUAGUGUGGUCAGAGAAGCGUGCGCGAAUUUGGAUCAAAGAGCUUACCGCCACCGAUAAACCUGCCGAUACUUGGGCUGUUCUCCUAGAAAAUAGCAAUUCUAUCUAUGGCCCUAAACGCAUAGUUCUACAGCCAGCUCGACACAUACCAGGAUGGGCUGAAGGCACACA